CUUUCUACACGAGCAAGUACGGCUACAAGAUGUGUCUGCGCGUGUACCUGAACGGGGACGGCACCGGCCGCGGGACCCAUCUGUCCCUGUUCUUUGUGGUCAUGAAGGGACCCAACGACGCGCUUCUGCGGUGGCCCUUCAACCAGAAGGUCACCCUGAUGCUCCUGGACCAGAACAACCGGGAGCACAUCAUCGAUGCCUUCCGACCCGACGUGACCUCCUCCUCCUUCCAGCGCCCCGUCACAGAGAUGAACAUUGCCAGCGGCUGCCCACUCUUCUGCCCCGUCUCGGUGAUGGAAGCCAAGAACUCCUACGUGCGUGAUGACGCCAUCUUUAUUAAAGCCAUCGUCGAUCUCACGGGCCUCUAA